AUGCGCAGCGCGCGCUCGGCGCGCCCGGCCGCGGCGCGCCCGGCAGCCCCGCGCCCCGCGGCACGCGGCCAGUGCGCAGGCGCGGCGUCCGAUGCGAGUGUGUUUGUGCGGGCGAGAAAAUGGCGGCGGCGGGGGAAGCAGCGUGAGGAGUCGGACGAGCGCCGAGGCUCAUUGAAACGGGCCGCCAUGGCCCUCCGCAACCCGCAGAUGAAUAAAUAUAUUUUUGGAGAUUUUAGCCCUGAUGAAUUCAAUCAGUUCUUUGUGACUCCUCGCUCUUCGGUUGAGCUUCCUCCGUACGGUGGAGCAGUUCUGUGUGGCGCACAGGCCGCUGGUGAGCUACCCGAUGGGCAGGACUGUCAGAGAAUUGAAUUUGGUGUUAAUGAAGUAAUUGAAGCCAAUGACACUUUGCUGAGAACUCCCAACUACAGUAUUUCAAGCACAUUGAAUCCUCAGGCCCCUGAAUUUAUCCUUAGUUGCACAACUUCCAAAAAGAUCCCCAAUGACAUCGAUAAAGAAGUGAACUACAGCUCAGCUGACUGCCAGUACCCAGGCUCUGCCCUCGCCCUGGAUGGCAGCUCUAACGUGGAGGCGGAAGUUUUAGAGAACGAUGGCGUCUCGGGUGGUCUUGGACAAAGGGAGCGUAAAAAGAAGAAAAAACGCCCCCCUGGAUAUUACAGUUACUUGAAAGACGGCGGCGAGGGUGGUCCUUCCACAGAAGCCCUGGUCAAUGGCCAUGCCUGUCCAGCAGUCCCCAACAGUGUAGGCACGGAGGAUGUGGACUCGAUGGGUGAUGUGCCCCCCGUGGGGACACCCAGGACUUGGGGCAGCCCCCAGGACACCACGGACUUCGUCAGCGACGCCGUGCCUGCUGGUUCUUUCCCCGGAGCCCUUGACAGCAGGGCCAGGACUGCAGGGCAGCCUGAGGGCUGCCCCGGGGCCAACUUGGAGCCCUCUCGCCUCCCUGCAGAGGCCAGCAGGGACACCCUGUUGAGGACAGCUGUGGCUCAGCCUGCCGUUGGGACCGAUACUACUGAGAACCUUGGAGUCACUAACGGACAAAUACUUGAAUCCUUGGGUGAGGGCAUGGCUGCCAACGGGGUGGAGUUGCACACUGUGGAGAGCUCGGACUCGGAGCCCGCCAGGGCUGAGAGCGGCGCCCCUCCUGCGGACGCCGCGGCCUCUGCGGCGGCCACCGCCCCUGCCAGUCACAGUCAGCCCGCCAAGUCGUGGGCCAGUCUUUUUCAUGGUUCUAAGCCCCCUUCCUCCUGCACCGCCUCCUCACCUGUGGUUUCCAUGGAAGCUAAGUAUUCCCUUCCUGCCACAUCUUCCCUGGUCUCUGAAAAGCAGGCCGAAGUCAAGGAAGGGCUGGUUCCAGUUUCAGAAGAUCCUGUAGCCAUAAAGAUUGCAGAGUUACUGGAGAACGUAACCCUGAUUCAUAAACCAGUGUCAUUGCAACCCCGCGGGCUGAUCAAUAAAGGAAACUGGUGCUACAUUAAUGCUACACUGCAGGCACUGGUUGCUUGCCCUCCGAUGUAUCACCUGAUGAAGUUCAUUCCUCUGUAUUCAAAAGUGCAAAGGCCUUGUACGUCCACACCCAUGAUAGAUAGCUUUGUUCGGCUAAUGAAUGAGUUUACUAAUAUGCCAGUACCUCCAAAACCCAGACAAGCUCCUGGGGAUAAAGCCGUGAGGGACGUCCGCCCGGGAGCUGCCUUUGAGCCCACGUACAUUUAUAGACUGCUGACAGUUAUCAAGUCGAGCCUGUCCGAAAAGGGUCGACAAGAAGAUGCUGAGGAGUAUUUAGGCUUCAUUCUAAAUGGACUUCACGAGGAAAUGCUGAACCUGAAGAAACUUCUCUCACCAAAUAAUGAAAAACUUACUGUUUCCAACGGACCCAGAAGCCACUCGGUGAACGAAGACGAGCAAGAAGAACCAGUCGAAGGAAGUGAGGACGAAUGGGAGCAAGUGGGCCCCCGAAACAAGACUUCGGUCACUCGCCAGGCGGAUUUUGUUCAGACCCCCAUCACUGGCAUUUUUGGUGGCCACAUCAGGUCUGUGGUUUACCAGCAGAGUUCAAAAGAAUCUGCCACCCUGCAGCCAUUCUUCACGCUGCAGCUGGAUAUCCAGUCGGACAAGAUACGCACCGUCCAGGAUGCAUUGGAAAGCCUGGUGGCAAGAGAGUCUGUCCAGGGUUAUACCACCAAAACCAAACAAGAGGUUGAGAUCAGUCGAAGGGUGACUCUGGAAAAGCUCCCUCCUGUCCUCGUGCUGCACCUGAAACGGUUUGUUUACGAGAAGACAGGUGGAUGUCAGAAGCUUAUCAAAAAUAUUGAAUAUCCUGUGGACUUGGAAAUUAGUAAAGAACUGCUCUCUCCAGGGGUUAAAAAUAAGAAUUUUAAAUGCCACAGAACCUAUAGGCUAUUUGCAGUGGUCUACCACCACGGCAGCAGCGCCACGGGCGGCCACUACACCACGGACGUCUUCCAGAUCGGUCUCAAUGGCUGGCUGCGCAUCGACGACCAGACGGUCAAGGUGAUUAACCAGUACCAGGUGGUGAAGCCCGCUGCCGAGCGCACAGCCUACCUCCUGUAUUACCGCCGCGUGGACCUGCUGUAG